AUGCAUCGGCACACGGGGAGGGAGAUGUGGGACGUGGAGGAGUGCCAGAGCCCGCGCAUGGGCAGCGUCAUCCUCGGCGUCGACGGCGGCGCCAGCAACACCGUCUGCGUCUGCAUCCCGGCGGCCAUGCCAUUCAACGACCCGCUCCCUGUCCUCUCACGCACCGUCGCCGGCUGCUCCAACCACAAUUCUGUCGGAGAAGGCAGGGCAAGGGAAACACUGGAAAGAGUGAUGGCGCAGGCGCUGCUCAAGGUGCGCCGGAGAUGGUCAGACGUCUGCGCCGUCUGCUUGGCCGUAGCAGGUGUCAAUCACCCGAUUGAUCAGCAGAGAAUGCUGGAUUGGCUGAGAGAGAUAUUUCCAAGCCAUGUCAAGCUGUUCGUGGAGAACGAUGCAGUGGCGGCAUUGGCAAGUGGAACCAUGGGCAAGCUCCAUGGAUGCGUGUUGAUAGCAGGGACAGGGACGAUAGCCUAUGGUUUCACCAGUGACGGCAGGGAAGCUAGAGCAGCAGGUGCAGGGCCAGUUCUUGGUGACUGGGGCAGUGGGUAUGGGAUUGCUGCACAGGCAUUGACAGCAGUGGUGAGAGCUUAUGAUGGCCGGGGUCCUGAAACGGUGCUUACAAACAACAUCCUUGACUUCCUUAGACUGGCAUCGCCAGACGAAUUGAUAGGAUGGACAUAUGAAGACCAAUCGUGGGCUCGUAUUGCUGACCUUCUUCCAGUAGUGGUAGAAUCUGCUGAAGGUGGUGAUGAGAUGGCAAUUAAGAUCUUAAACAAUUCAGUUGGUGAACUAGCUUCCAGUGUCAAGGCUGUAGUGCGAAGACUUGAACUUGGCGGUGAAGAUGGCAAGCAUCCAUUUCCUCUUGUUAUGGUUGGUAAAGUCCUUGAGGCAAACAAGAGGUGGGACAUUGGGAAGGAAGUGAUAGAUUGUGUUACCAAGAGUUAUCCAGGAGCCUAUCCAAUACACCCUAAGGUGGAGCCAGCUGUUGGUGCAGCAUUAUUAGCAUGGAAUGCUAUAGCAAGCGAAUUAGAUGGUGACAUUAGAACUGUUCAAUAAUGCAAUCUCCUACACAUUCUUGUAUAUUAUGUUAGUGACAAACUGUAACUUAGUCUUUUACAUUUGCUGUAACAGAUUGCUUUGAUCAUGUUGUAACCCAAUAAAAAAAAAAGGGUUUACAUCACAAUCUUUUUUUUAGAAAAAAUAAAUGCAAGAAAUUUAGUUUGA